AUGGAUCCACUCAUGGCUGCCCAGCGCGUUCUCGAAACGCCAGAACUGCUCGAGAUGAUACUGGCCGAAUUGCAUCCAUGCCAAUUGCUCGUCUCCCAGCGCGUCAACACCCUCUGGCACGACUUGAUCUCCAAUUCACCCCAACUGCAACAACUGCUAUUCAUGAGACCUUCAUGGCCGAAAGCCAAACCCUUUGACUCACACCUGUCCUGCGAAGCCAAUCGACCCAGUCCACGUCCAAGAAACAAUAUGAUGCUAAGACGAGUACUCGGUGGAAGAUAUCCUACCUUUACACCACGAGUCACCAGUCAGAAAGAUGAGGAAGAGUAUGCGGACAAGGGUGUAGAGGCCCCAGAUGCCAAUCCAGAUGACAUCAGUAGCAUUCCACGAUCUGUGACAAGCCCGUCAAGUUACUGGACAUGGGAUGUCAAUGUCAUGUACCCCAGCGACAAGCUGCCCACAGAAGAUGCAGCCGUACUGUAUGAGAAAGCAAGCUGGCGUCGCAUGUACCUAUGCCAACCGCCAUGUACGGAACUAUACCUUGCCCGUCGCUGGUGUCGAGCAGCUCGCCCGGCGAUUUCUUCCGAGGACGGCAUCACCAUGGAGACAUUCAUCGAAAAGGCGACCAAGGCCCGCGAGCUCUGGAACCAGCUCUUCAUUUCGAGUGAUGGCGAUUGGCACUUUGAGGGCCCAAUGCGAAGCAAGUGA